AUGGGAGUAGGAGGUGGCCUCCUGCAGCUACGGCAGGGAAGUGUCCGCGCUGCGCGCGGCCAGAGCCGGGAACAGCCGGAUACAGGGGCCACCGAGUGCAUUCCCAGAACCAGCAUCCGCGGUGGUCAGAGGGCUGCAGAGAGCUCCUCCCGCCCGCGGUCGGUGACAACCAGCCAGCGCCGGGCAGCAGCGGCGCUCCGUCCGGGAGGUCCAGACCCGCUCCACGACUCAUUCUCAUCCGGGCUGAACUACCAGUUCCUCUCAGGCUACACCAAGGGAGCUAUUUCAGAAACUCCCAAAGGCAAUUCAAGCCCUGGCCAGCAUUUAGGAGAGAAAAAAACAGCCGUGACAGCCAUGUCUGUGCGGUUGCGCUUCCUGUCUCCGGGGGAUGCCGGGGCGGUGGGGACCGUGGGCCGCAGCGCCUCCUUUGCUGGCUUCAGCAGUGCGCAAAGCCGCAGGGUCUCAAAGUCCAUCAACAGGAACUCUGUGCGGUCCCGGCUGCCAGCCAAAUCCUCCAAGGUUUACGGAACACUGCGCAAGGGUUCGCUGUGCCUGGACCCCCGGCCGCAGCAAGUGAAGAAAAUCUUUGACGCUUUGAAGAGAGGCCUCAGGGAACACCUGUGUGAGCAGCAGGCCGAACUGGACUACUUGUGUGGAUGCCACACGGACACCCAGAGGGGUUCCAGGCUGGCCUUCUACUAUGACCUGGACAAGCAAGUGCGCCUGGUGGAGAGACACAUCCGGAAGGUGGAGUUCCACCUCAGCAAGGUAGAUGAACUCUACGAAGGCUACUGUAUCCAGUGGCGUCUGCGAGACGGAGCCUCCAACAUGCAGCGUGCCUUCAGUAAUAGCACCCAGAGCCGUGCCUCCCGUGAGAGCCUGCAGGAGCUGGGCCGCAGCCUGCAGGAGUGCCUGGAGGACAUGUGCCUCAUAGAGGGGACCUUGGAAGGUCACCUGGGCGAGUUCCAUGUCAAGAUGAAAGGCUUGGUGGGCUAUGCACGCCUCUGUCCCGGAGACCAGUAUGAGGUGCUCAUGCGCCUGGGCCGUCAGCGAUGGCGGCUGAAGGGCCGGAUAGAGCCAGAUGACAGCCAGACCUGGGAUGAAGAGGAGAGGGUCUUUGUGCCUACAGUGCAUGAGAACCUGGAGAUCAAGGUGACGGAGCUUCGUGGCUUGAGCUCGAUGGUGGUGGGUGCGGUGACAUGUGACGUCGCGGACUUCUUCACAGCCAGGCCCCAGCUUGUGGUGGUGGACAUCACCGAGUUGGGCACCAUCAAGCUGCAGCUGGAGCUGCUGUGGAACCCCCUGGACUCUGAGUGCCGGCUGGUGUCACCCAGCCCCACAGGCAGGUUCUCUGUGGGCAGCAGGAAGGGCUCCCUAUAUACAUGGACGCCGCCCAACACCCCCAGCUUCCGGGACAAGUACUACCUGUCUGUCCUCCAGCAGCUAACACCGCAGGCCUUGCUGCUAGGUGGGCCAAGGGCCACCUCCAUCCUCGGCUACCUGUCUGACAGUGAGCUCCAGGGUCCCCGCCUGCGGAGCCGGAGCCAGGAGCUACUGGAGAUGGACUCCUUCAGCUCCGAGGACCCCAGAGACACUGAGACCAGUACUUCAGCAUCCACCUCAGAUGUGGGCUUCCUGCCCAUGCCUGUGGGUCCCUCAGCCUGCAUCGAAGAGAAGACCAGGGAGGAGCCUCCCCCUCUGGGCCUGCUGCCAGGCCUGGCUCACCCAGCUGGGGGUGUGCUUCUAGAACAGCCUGGCUGGAGGGACUUGGGAGGAGAGAGGCUGGCCCUGCCGCAGGAUGUCCCCGUCCACAGCCUCAUGGUGCCACGGAGCCGGAAGGGCCAGGAGGAUGGAGACGUGGGGGACGGAGUGGAGGGGCCUGUUCAGGAGGUCCUGGAUCUGCUGCGGUCUGUGGACCCUGCGCAGCCCCAGCUCAGGGAACUGGAGUAUCAAGUCCUUGGCCUCAGGGAGCGGCUGAAGCCCCGAGAGGUGCAGCCAGAACCCGUGUCGGCCCGGAGCCUGAUGGACUGUAUCCUCGAGAGCUUCGCUUUUCUGAAUGCUGACCUUGCUGGGGAUGAGCUGUCCAUGUUUGGGGGCUCCCAGGCUCCUGAGAGGGACAGCCCCCCACCUCCACGGCCAUCACUGAAGGUGUCACCCAGCGAGCUCACAGCUGGUGCCCCCGAGCUGGACACACUGCUCAGCGUCCACCUUCAAGUCUGCAAAGCCUUGCUUCAGAAACUGGCCUCCCCUAAUCUGUCAAGGAUGGUCCAGGACUGCCUCCUGGAGGAAGUGGUGCAGCAAAGGCAGGUUCUGGAAGUGCUUUCAGUCCUUGACCUUGAGCAGGUCAGCAAGGCCAGGUCUGUUGAAGAGAUCAUCCCACAGGCGUCUCAGAGGAAGGGUGGCCUGGCACUGUGGCAGGGGUGCACACAGCCUGGGGGAGUCCUGGCCUGCCCUGCCUCCACACUCCUGAGCCAGCUCAAGAAGACAUUCCUGCAUCGAGUCCGAGGGAAGUACCCCGGCCAGCUGGAAAUAGUGUGUCGCAGGCUCCUGGAGCAAGUGGUGGGCUGUGGUGGGCUACUGGUCACAGCAGGGCUUCAGGAAGAGCAGGUGGUCACCUGGUUCCAGUUCCACAGCUACCUGCAGCGGCAGAGCAUCUCUGACCUGGAGAAACACCUCGCCCAGCUCACCAAGGAAGUUACUCUUAUUGAGGAACUGAGCUGUGCAGGCCCAGCCAAGGCCUUGAGGAAGCUGCAUGGGAAGUGUCUAAGCCAGCUGCAGCCACUGCCCCAGACACUGCAAGCCUGGGCACUGCUGCAGCUGGACGGCCCCCCGAGGCUCUGCAGGGCUGCCAGAGUGAGCUUGGCCAGCGCGGCCAGGAACAAGCGCUUCCGGGAAAAGGCUCUGCUGUACUACACCAACGCUUUAAACGACAGUGACUCCAAGCUCCAGCAGGCGGCGUGCAUGGCUCUGCAGCAGCUUGGGGGCAUUGAAAGCAUCGAGCAGAUAGUCAGUCUGUGUCAGUCUGACCUGGAGGCCGUGCGAGUUGCAGCUCGAGAAGCAACACUGUCGUUUGGUGAGAAAGGUCGCCUGGCUUUCGAAAAGAUGGACAAACUUCACUCAGAACAAGAAGCCUACUGUCAGGAAGCAGACAUUGAAAUCACCAUUUUUUAAUUAGCCAUGAUCACUGAGCUCAUAUCUGGCAUUUCUUCCUUGAUGCUGCCUCGCCUCCAUCGUGCCCGGGAUUUGGGUGGAGCAGCCUAGCCACUCCCUCACUAUCGUGAGCUGGUCAGGAUAGUUACCUGAGGUUGGGGUCGGUACCCAGCCCAGGGAUAAGUAACAGUGGUGUGUAUUCACAGAGCAGGUGGAAGUGGUAUGUGGGACCUCUGAGGCUGUGGCCUCCCCCAAAUGCUGCUUUUGCCUUCCUGGGGUACAGUGCCAGGGCAGCUGGCAGCGUCUGAGGAUCAAGAGUCCGGGGCAAGGUGAGGCUCCAGGAAAGACAUGCAGGGAGUGUGAGCCCCACACACCCUCAGAACUGGUAUGAUAAAGGUGGGCUGCAACAGCCAAUCAGUGGGCAGGCCCAUUCCAGUGAAUGGCACCCUCAGGCCACUGGACAAAUGCUCCAGUGUGGCGGCUAUGGGGACCCAUAAUGGGUUUCCUGAGUGGAGAAAGCACUCCAAGCUGGUGUCCGAGAUGCCCACGAGGGGCUCUCAGGGCUGGCUUCGUCACCACUUAAGAGUCCUGUGGACCACGUGUGCUGACUUGGUAUUUAUUUGCUCGUUUGUGUCCAUUUCCUGAAAUCUCAAUUAAAAACUCUGUAGCCUAUGGCCACCUCACUGCCCUGAUAAUCAUGUGUCCGUAGAGCCGUGACAUGGGAGGGGUGGCCAGUACCACAGGGCUCCCUGCAGGACCCACGGGGCGAUCCUCCCUACAUUCUUGAUACCCGAAUCAUGGUAGGCUUCCCUCCUCUGGGGGCAUUUUGGGGAUACCAGAGGCUUUUGUCAAGCCUUCACCCCACUGGACUUAUCCCAAAGUUACAUACCAGCCAGCUUCUCCCACUGAUGUUCUUGUGAGAAUUCAUUUUCAAACCUGAAGCUUUCAGUUUGGAGUGGAUACAACACUUACAGUUCUGUGGCCAGGACCACAAGCAGGGACCACUUGCUGCACAAGCUGAUUGUGAACCUGAGGGGUAUGGGGCUGUGUUUUCUGCAGUGACAUCUGUCACUGCCACAAGUCUCAAGUGACUUUGAAACUGGUAGUCAGUCACCUGGGGCGUUACAUAUUUAGUCUUGUAUACGAUGGGAGGUCACGUUACUUUUGGGUCUUAUUUUCAUUUCUAAGUCACGUAGACAUCAGAUGAGGUUUAUGGAUGUCCUGAGAUGAGAUGACCAUGGUAUCUGACAGGCAGCCAGCCAAGGUCGGUCUGGAGGCUGGAACAGGGAUUCCAAUGACCUGUGAGUCUCAAGAUAGUCUGGGCUGCCAAAGGGGGAGUUCCUGAGAGGACAGUGUAGAGAACUCACAUCUCUGCAGCAAAGGCAGGCCAGUCACGUGGCACACACAGCCCACAGCACACUAACCCUGCUAACCCUGCAGGGCAAACGUCUGCCUCCUCCUGCUGACAGGGUAGACAAAUGCCUGCCCAUUCCAGCCCAGGUCUGUCAAUAAAGAAAAUGAAAGCACCUCA